AUGCGUCUCUCAGUCCCAUCUCUAGCUCUUCUGAGCAUUCUCCCGACGUCGCUUGCUGCACCCGCACCUGCACCAGCCCCGGUGGUCCAAAGUCUGGAUGAAAGACAACUGCUGAACAACGUUAUUCCUGGUCUACUUCCUGGCGUAAUCUCUCUCGUCGAUAACCUUCUCGGCGACGUGAACGAAGCGGUUGCACAGGGCAAUCCCACAAAGGUGCUCAGCAUCCUCUCGCAACUUCAACCUACCACACGACCGACGAAUAUCGAAGCCGCGGUGGCAAGACAUUCCAAAAUCUGGGCGAGUCCAACCACGCGAACAGACUUUUUUGCUGCCGUUGCAACUCAAAUAGCUGAUGGCCUGGUGCUCGAUGGAACCCUAAAUGCCGCCCUGACUGGUGGUCUACCAGUUGGUGAAAACAGCGUCAACAACAACAAUCCACCUACUUCUGGUAUCUAUCCUAAGAAGGAUAGUGCAGAUGCUCCGUACACGCUCUCAGAAUCUGCACUUCGCAAAGCGAUUUUCAUCCCACCCAGCUUCACAUAUGGCGCGAAACGUCCUGUGAUCUUUGUGCCAGGUACUGGUGCUUAUGGAGGUUUCAACUUCGCCAACAACCUUAGGAAGCUGCUGGCAGGCGAGAGCUAUGCCGAUCCAGUAUGGCUCAAUAUUCCCGGUGCCAUGCUCGGCGACGCGCAAACGAAUGCCGAAUACAUUGCCUACGCUAUAAACUACAUCAGCGCCGUUUCGCGUACCAACAAGCAGAAUAUCGCCGUUAUUUCUUGGUCCCAAGGUGGUCUAGACACACAAUGGGUGUUGAAAUACUGGCCUUCAACCCGCAAGGUUGUCACGGAUUUCCUUCCUGUAUCUCCGGAUUUCAAGGGCACCGUUUUGGCCAACGUCAUCUGCUUGACGGCAAACAGCAACCAAGCCCUUGGUCCCUGUGAUCCUUCCGUUAUCCAGCAAGAAGCUACUUCGGAUUUCGUUAGGGCUCUCAGGAGUGAUGGUGGGGACAGCGCAUACGUUCCCACUACAACCUUCUACUCCGGUUUCUUCGAUGAGAUUGUCGAGCCUCAGCAAGGUACUGGCGCCUCCGCCUUCAUCAACGAUGCGCGCAACGUUGGUGUCUCCAACAACGAAGUACAACGCGUUUGUGCUGGGCAGCUAGGAGGCUCAGUCUACGGUCAUGCUGGCGUUUUGUUCAACCCACUGACUUACGCAUUAAUUGUUGAUGCGCUUCAGAACGACGGACCGGGUAACUUGGAGCGCAUCGACGUGAAGAGUGUUUGCAGCAGCUACGCCGCCCCCAGACUCGAUCUUGAUGACGUCUUGGCCACCAGCGGGCUGAUUCCGGUGGCUGGGGUAUUGCUUUUGGCAUACCCACAGAAGUCGUUGACGGAGCCUAAAUUGAGGGCCUACGCCACGUAA